ACGAAGGAAGCAGUCACCGCUGUGCAUCGGGCACACGUCGGCAUCAUUUCAAGGCCCCCCCGUAGCUUCCAUCACUUUGACCAUCUCGCCUCGAAGGAGGAGUAGGAGGAAGAGAGAAGCCGGCACAAGCGAGCCCAGCAAACGCACGGCACCACGGAUCAUUGGGAUCAAAACACGAGAGCUUAAUUGAGAAGCAGAGAAGGAGAUCAAGAAAAGCAGAGCAAAGCCGCCGGCGAAGAGGGAGGAGGUGGCCGGUGGGAUGGACGUGAAGCGGGCCCGGAGCCCGCGGGCUCCGGGCGUCGACGCCGACGACGACAAGAAGCGGGCCGCCGAGUGGCGCGGCGCCGUCCGGCCGCACAUGGUGCUGGUCGGCUUCCUCAUCACCCUGCCCGUCCUGGUCUUCGUCUUCGGCGGCCGCUGGGGCUCCUUCCAAACCACCUCCGCCCCCAACGUCGGCGGCCGCCACGUCGUCCCCGGCGGCGUAACAACGACACAAAAAAAUGAAGCCCCGAAAAACGUCUCUGUACCAGCCACUGCAACCAAAUCUCUGCCCCAACCCCAGGACAAGCUUCUCGGAGGACUACUCUCUGCCGCAUUCGAAGAAUCCUCAUGUCAGAGCAGAUACAAAUCAUCUCUCUACCGGAAGAAGUCUCCGUUCCCUCUGUCCCCUUACCUGGUUCAGAAGCUGCGGAAGUACGAGGCCUACCACAAGAAGUGCGGCCCUGGCACGAAGCGCUACCGGAAGGCGAUCGAGCAGCUCAAGGCGGGGCGCAACGCCGACAACGCCGAGUGCAAGUACGUGGUGUGGUUCCCCUGCAACGGCCUCGGCAACCGCAUGCUCACCAUCGCCUCCACCUUCCUGUACGCGCUCAUCUCCAACCGCGUCCUCCUCAUGCACGUCGCGGCGGAGCAGGAGGGCCUCUUCUGCGAGCCGUUCCCGGGGAGCUCGUGGGUGCUCCCGGGCGACUUCCCCCACAACAACCCGCAGGGCCUGCACAUCGGCGCGCCGGAGAGCUACGUCAACAUGCUCAAGAACAACGUCGUCCGCAACGACGACCCCGGCAGCGUGUCGGCGUCGUCGCUGCCGCCGUACGUGUACCUCCACGUCGAGCAGUUCCGGCUGAAGCUGUCCGACAACAUCUUCUGCGACGAGGACCAGUUGAUUCUCAACAAGUUCAACUGGAUGAUACUCAAAUCUGACAGCUACUUCGCGCCGGCGCUGUUCAUGACGCCGAUGUACGAGAAGGAGCUGGAAAAGAUGUUCCCGCAGAAGGAGUCAGUGUUCCAUCAUCUUGGGAGGUACCUGUUCCAUCCGACGAACAAAGUAUGGGGAAUCGUGAGCAGGUACUACGAAGCGUACCUUGCCAGAGUCGACGAGAAAAUCGGGUUCCAGAUACGGAUCUUCCCGGAGAAGCCGAUAAAAUUCGAGAACAUGUAUGAUCAGCUGACGAGGUGCAUCAGGGAGCAGCGGUUGUUGCCGGAGCUCGGCACGGCGGAGCCGGCGAACACGACUGCCGAAGCAGGGAAGGUGAAGGCCGUACUGAUCGCUUCUCUGUACUCGGGAUAUUACGAGAAGAUCCGUGGGAUGUACUACGAGAAUCCAACCAAGACUGGCGAGAUCGUCGCGGUGUACCAGCCGAGCCACGAGGAGCAGCAGCAGUACACGUCCAACGAGCACAACCAGAAGGCGCUGGCCGAGAUCUAUCUGCUCAGCUACUGCGACAAGAUCGCCAUGAGCGCCUGGUCGACGUUCGGGUACGUGGCCUACAGCUUCGCCGGCGUCAAGCCGUGGAUCCUGCUCCGGCCGGACUGGGACAAGGAGAGGUCGGAGGUGGCGUGCGUCAGGUCGACGUCGGUGGAGCCGUGCCUCCACUCGCCGCCGAUCCUCUCGUGCAGGGCCAAGAAGGAGGUCGACGCGGCCACCGUCAAGCCGUACGUUCGGCACUGCGAGGAUGUCGGGUUCGGUCUCAAGUUGUUCGAUAGCUAAUUUUUUGGAGAAGUGACUUCUUCGGUUUCACGUUCCGAAUUGCGUUCGUUACGUCACGUCCUGUGGAUUAACUAGGCCUUUUGGAGAUUCGUUAUAUUCGUUUGGACUCGUAUACACCUGAAAAUGCACAAAAUGUAUUAUGUAAAAUGUAUUAUGUAUCUGUAUUCAAAUUCGUUCUUCAUAAAACAAUUCGGAUAUAUAUAUACACACACGCAAACAGAUUCCCUCUCCA